UCUCAAUCUCGCGAGCUCAUAACUUAGCCAACCGAGCUUUGAAAAACCAAACAAUGUCUGACGAGGAGUUCCACAACGCGGAUGCCGGCGCUUCGGCCACCUACCCCAUGCAGUGCUCUGCCCUCCGCAAGAACGGCUAUGUCUGCAUCAACAACCGCGCCUGCAAGAUUGUUGAAAUGUCGACCUCCAAGACCGGCAAGCACGGCCACGCCAAGGUCCACCUCGUCGCCAUUGACAUUUUCAACGGCAAGAAGAUGGAAGAUCUCUGCCCCUCCACCCACAACAUGGAUGUCCCCAACGUUUCCCGCUCGGACUACCAGCUCAUCAACAUUGCUGACGAUGGCUUCACCACCCUGCUGACCUCCACCGGCGAGACCAAGGAGGACCUCAAGCUUCCCGAGGGCGACCUUGGCAAGGAAAUCAACGACCGCUUCACUGCUGGCGAGGAGCUCAUGCUCUCCGUCAUCGCCGCCAUGGGCGAGGAGGCUGUCAUUGCCGUCAAGACCCAGACCAAGUAAACACAAUCUGUCAAUGAUGAAUUUGAGUGCUUUUUGGCAUUCUUUUUUUUUUUUUCUUGUUGGUUUGUUUGCUUUCUAGUUGUGGUUUUCUUUUUCUUUCUUCCCAUUGUCCCCUGGUCCCCUUAUUCCCAUUUUUCUUUCUUCCUCUUCUUCUUCUUUGACUGUUCUGUUCUCUACAUGGCGGUGGCGAGUUUGGGUUUUUUUGAACCCAAGUCUCGUCGUUUGCUUCUGGUUGCUUCCGUCGCGUGAGUUUUGCUCUCGCGUGGAUGUCUGCUUGCGAGCAAAUCCCUCGUCAGUGUCAAAGAGAGGUGGAGGGGGAAAAAAAUGUCGCCAUGCGCUUUUUGGCGUGUGUUAGUGCCCCCUCCCUGUCCUCCUUUGUGAUGCGUUGUCCCCCAACUCUUGCCCUCUUUUUUUCUAGCUUUGGUUUGCUGUUGUAAGUGCUGCGCAUCCCGCUUACUGUUCGGUUGGCAAUAUACUUGAUCCCCUAGUUCA